GAGCGCUGACAGCUGCGGCGGCAUCCCGGGAGCUGCGGCGGCCCCGGGCGUGCAGGCAGCGAGCGCGGGAGGGGGCCCGGGUGGCGGGCAGCCGUGCGGGGGCGCCCCAGGAUGCUGAGCUUCCUGCGCAGGACCUUUGGCCGGCGGUCGAUGCAGCGCUACGGGCGGGGAGCGGCUGGGCGCGGGGCCGGCGGGCUGGGAGACGAACGGGACGGGGGUCCCCGGGGGGCCUCUUCGGCUCCCCUGCCCGCCGCCCCUGGGGGCAGCGUGUUCCCCCCCGGCGGCGGGCCCGUGCUCACCGGCGGAGCCGCGGUCCACAUCCCCGCGGCAGGAGCGGGCAAGGCGGCUCUCUACUGCCGGGUCUUCCUGCUCGAUGGGACCGAAGUGAGCGUGGACCUGCCGAAACAUGCCAAAGGCCAGGAUUUAUUUGAUCAGAUUGUAUAUCAUUUGGACCUUGUGGAAACAGACUACUUUGGCCUCCAGUUCCUAGACUCUUCCCAGGUCACACACUGGCUGGACCAUUCGAAACCUAUUAAGAAGCAAAUGAAAAUUGGAUCUGCUUAUGUUUUGCACUUUCGAAUUAAAUACUAUUCUUCAGAACCGAACAACCUUCGAGAAGAGUUUACAAGGUACCUCUUUGUAUUACAACUCAGACAUGACAUUCUUUCAGGAAAAUUGAAAUGCCCAUAUGAGACUGCCGUGGAGCUGGCUGCCUUGUGUCUUCAAGCGGAACUUGGGGAGUGUGAACUUCCGGAACACACGCCUGAACUAGUGUCCGAGUUCCGAUUUAUUCCAAAUCAGACUGAGGCAAUGGAGUUUGAUAUCUUCCAAAAAUGGAAAGAGUGCAGGGGGAAGAGUCCUGCACAAGCUGAACUUUCCUAUCUGAACAAAGCAAAAUGGUUAGAAAUGUAUGGAGUAGACAUGCAUGUAGUUAAGGGAAGAGAUGGCUGUGAAUAUGCUCUUGGUCUAACACCAACAGGGAUAUUAAUCUUUGAAGGAGCUAACAAAAUAGGUUUAUUCUUUUGGCCCAAAAUCACUAAAAUGGAUUUUAAAAAGAGCAAAUUAACCCUUGUUGUCGUAGAAGAUGAUGAUCAGGGGCGAGAGCAAGAGCACACAUUUGUUUUCCGAUUAGAUAGCUCCCGGACCUGCAAGCACCUCUGGAAAUGUGCAGUUGAGCAUCAUGCAUUCUUCAGAUUGAGGACACCAGCAAAUAAUAAAUCCAAUAGAUCGGACUUCAUAAGGCUAGGAUCACGAUUUAGGUUCAGUGGGAGGACAGAGUAUCAAGCCACUCAUGGUGCCCGGUUACGAAGAACCAGUACGUUUGAAAGAAGGCCUAGUAAACGGUACCCGUCACGGAGACAUUCAACUUUUAAAGCAAAUAACCCAGUGAAAGCAGCCCAGCUAUGCUCCAAAAAUAAUCCAGAAGUUCACAAUUACCAGAUGCAAUACCAUCCUAACAUACAUCCUGGACAACAGCAAUGGCAUCCUCAUUCUCCAAACAUAAGUUUACAAAGGACAAUUCCUCACCACAGUCAUAAGAGUUAUCCUUUGCCCUCACCAGUGCUCAACAAUUCUAAUCUGCUGCUAUUCAACAUUGAAGAAAAUGGAGGAACCCCAUUUCCCACCAAAGCACCAGGAAGACAUCACCAUCAUCACCACCAUCAGCACCAGCACCAGCAUCAGCACCAGCACCAACACCACUCCAAUUAUGGAAUACCAGUUCCGCUUGAAAGCAAAGAGAUGACUACUGGAAUCCCAACCCCCAGUAAACUGAGCCCAGGUCCUCCCAUUCUUUACAAUGAAGCUGCUGCCCACCUUAAGAAGAUGGAAAUGGAAACCUCAAAGGUGGCUUCCCCAUGGCCUGCUCUUCACAUCAACAUAAACAAGGUAGAAGAAAAGAAAGUUCCCGAAAAGAGUCUUCAGUUCCCACUUCUGCCUUUGCCUGUUCCUGAUCAACUAAAAUGCAACAUUCUAAAAGCCCAGAUAGAAACGGCUUCCAAAGCAAAUGCCCAGGUUGUGAAAGAGGAGCCAGAUUUUGCCAAUGUCAAUAAGAAAUCCACUCUUCAGGACCCUAAUGUAAGAAGCCCUGUUCCUUCUAUAAAAGUAGAAGCCACUCAGCCAACUACAGAAAAGCAAGAGAAGCAAGAAAUUAAGCCCCCACGUGUGAGAAAAUUAACAAGACAAUACAGUUUUAACCACAGUGAUGAAGAUGACCUUCCUCCAGCCUUGGCUGCUGCCAUGGCAACAACUGCAUCAGGACCACCAGCAUCUCCAGCAUCCCAGAAAAUCAGCACACCUCAGAAGUCAGAAGGGCAAAACCAGCUAUCCCCCCGUGCAAAGAGUCCCUCUGACACAGGAGAUGUGUUUACCUUGGGACCAGGUGACCUUUUGAUGGAUUUCACAGAAGCUACACCAAUGCAGGCAGAGUGCUCCAGUGCCAUAAACCCUGCACCCUCUCGUUGCUAUCCUCAAAUUUCUAUUCAAAUGAAAGAAGAGAAAAAUGAAGCAUGCAUGGGCCCUCCAAUCAAAACAAGGCUGAUAAAGACAUUCCCUGCAGAUACAUCCAAUCCAUUUUUGGAUCCUUUCACCGCAGCACCACAGCUAAUUGCAGACUUUGGAGAAAGCAGAUUACAGUGAACUCCUCUGGGCAGUCAUCCCCAUUGACUCCAAAAGCCACUAUGAGGCCUUGACAAGAAACAGUCUCAACAGUGCAAACGAUAUUGCCCGAAAGCCCAUUACUCUGCCAGACAGUGCUGAGACGCUACGGCAGAACUAGAGAGAGAAAAAAUGAUGAAAAGACUGUUGAUGACUGAACUAUGAGAUUCAUUCACCCUUUGUCCAGUGGACAAUGGAGUGGUGCCUUCUAUCAAACCACAUUCUUCAGCUUUUGUGUGCAUAACGCCCCAUGACCGUGUUGUACUUUGAACUCUGCUGGAAUUCUCCACCAGUGGCUGGAAAUUAAGUCAUUUUGGUUUGGCUUGACUUUUGAAAGAGUCUCUUUACUCCUGUGUUGCUGAGGAAUACAUAUUGCAUUCUUUUUUUUUCUUCUGAGAGUUUGGAUUUUCUACUACAAAAUACAGCUGAGACUCGAUUUGGUAAGUCUAGGUGAAAGGAAACUGAAAAACAGGGAAAAAAUUACUGGAUUUCUUUUCCAGAAUCCUUCUGUACAUAUGUUAAUAACUGCCAAAAUUAAUGUUGUGCAGAAUCCUUUGAUAGCGACCAGAGAAAAAUCUGAUUUUGUAUAAUGGAAAAUUUGCCCAGAGCUACUGCCGUUUGUUAAAGAAUCAUUUUUAAUGAGAAAAACUAUUCCUACAUCUUUAGCCCUGGUUUUUCAUUUAUACACAUACACACAUACACACACACACACAAAAUAAAUGAAUCUUGUAAAGUUCUUCACAUCAAUCCUUAUCUAGACACAUGUACAUGAAAUUAAAAGAAGAUAUGUGUCCAUAGCAUGCCUGAAAACACUUCAUUUUAAACAAUUUAUCUCAUAGCUUUAGGCGGAAAUAAACUGAGAAGAGUAAAUUGUUUGGCAUGAAUUAAAAUUUAAUCAUUGCACCCACAAAUAUAGAGUCACAUUUUUAAAGACCCUAUAAUUUGAAGAUAAUGCAUUAUUAGAAAGGACUGCUUGGAUUUCUAUAAAGGAAAAUUAUUUAUAAAACACUUUGGUGUUGUGGUAGAACCUUGGACCAAUGCAACUUUCCUCUAUGAACUAUUAUAGGACUUUAGAGAUCAGCUGGUCCACCUACCUUAUUUUUAGAUUAAGUAACUGAGACCCAGAAAUAGUUAAGUGACUUAAUGUCUUCAAGGUCACAUAACUAGUAACCCAGCAGAGCUGGGAUUUGAACUCCUAUCCUCUGUCUCUAAAUCUUUCCACGGAAGCUGCACUUGCCCCUUAAAUUUUAGGUACUGUAUGUUUAUGUCACCUAUAAUAGGCCUCUCUCUUUUUUUCCAAUUCUUAAAAGCUAAAUGGUGCCAAUUUGAUACUAAUGAUACAUAUGCAGUCACACCUCAUUAUCAGGAAGCUACGCGGGAAUGAAUCAAUAUUGCAUUAGUGACUAUUCCAGAUAAAUGAAGCUUAACCCUUUUAAGUGAGGAAAUGUUCAAAUUUUAAUACUUUUAUUAUGAAAUUCUUUCUAAAGUGUAUUAAACCCCUUCUCUGCCUUGGGAAAACAGAGAAACGUGAACAUAAUUUAAUCUUUUUUUAGUGACUUACUGACUCCAGGUCAUCAUUAAAAACAUCAGUUAUGUACUGUGAUGUACUAAAGUAAUGUCCUCAGGGACUUUUUGAUGUGUGCAAACCUUAGUUUUGCCUUUCCCUGAAUUCCCAAAGAACUUCUAUACUCUUCUAAUGGAUUGUUUAGCUAUCUCUUGACUCAUUAAUGUCAUUAAGGAAUGUAAGAUGUAUGAGAGUUUUUUUUUUUUUUUUUGCCUGUAUCCAAACAGGAAUACCAUGUUAUGCUGCUCCAAACAGCUCUAGGUAGCCAUAUAGUAUCUGAUAUACAAAAUGUGCUCUUUUAAUAAUGUGGGGAGAUGUGUGUCUCUUGGGCACUAGCUGUAAGUUAUAACUUCUCCUCAUGCUGCCUCAGUUCUCCAUUCUCAAUUAUUUCCACUGUUAAUAGGUCUGCUUCUAUUAUACCUUUUCCCACUUCUAAUCAGCUGUCCAAAGUUUCUGUUGCUCAUUACCAGGCCUCUGUAAUUAAAAUCUUCUUAGGUAGAACUGCUUCUGUCAGAGGAAAACAGAUCAACAAGUAUGCAUGUAAAUUUUGCAAGGAUUUCAGACAAAUGUGCUCUGUUCCUGAGAAGGAGUGAGUGGAACAAAGGGCAUGGACUUUGAAAAUAUUGCACUCUGAGGUUUCUUUUUUCAUGUUUCCCAACUUAUUUCUGGGUUAAAAGCUAUUCCAGAGAGGAUGUUUGCUGGAAGUCUGACCACCAGAUAAGUGGGGUGCUGCUGUAUAUCUAACCCAGUCUA